AUGGAUAUUUGCAUAAGUCAUUUUUAUAAUAGGCAAGUAAAAAAAAAUAUUUUACAAGAUAUAUUUUACAAGUUAGAGAAUUUCGAUCAUGAGGAAUUUUUGUGUUUUGAUGUGAAUUGCUGUGGUAAUGUGAUGGUUGUUUGCUCAAAAACUUAUCUUUAUUUUUUUCAUAUAUUAACUGGUACAUUGUUAUUGGAAUAUUGCUAUUACAAAGAAGAAAUAACUAAAAAUGAUGUCAUAAAUAAUACUGAUGAUAAACUUUAUGUAAAUUCAUGUACUGAUCGUAAUUUGAAUAACGAUGAUAACGAUUCUAAUAAAAAAAAUGAUGAAAUUAUCAGAAAUAUAAGUAAUAAUAUUAAUGACAACAGUAUUAUAUCUACUAGGGAUAAUAGUGAUCAUCUUAUUAAUAAUUUGCAAGAAGAAAAAGUUAGUAUAAAUGGCAUAAACUUAAUAGAAAAUGAUAAAUUUGAAGAAGAUAUAAAAAAUGUAAAUACAAUUGAGAAAAAUGAUAUAGAUUAUAAUAUAACAGAUAACAAUAUUAAUGAAUUUCUUCAUAGUUCUCUAUUAGAAAAUAAUUUGUCUGUUAAAGAUAAUAAUAUAAAAUUAAAUAAUAAAAGAAAAAAUACUUUAUCAAAAGGAAACAAAUUAAGGAGAGUAAAAAAGCGCUCAAAAUGUUUUCAAAAAAAUGCAAAUAAAUAUAUAGAGAAUACAAACAGUGUCAAAAAUAAAAAUAAUGAAGUUAGCAAUAAGAAGUAUAUUGAAGAUAAUUUAUUAGAUGAAAAUAAAUAUAUUAGAAAAGUACAGUUUAUAAAAGGUGAUAAGUACAUUCUAUGUGUAACAAAAAGAUAUUUGCAUAUAUAUCAAAUUUUUAAGUCACCUAUAUCUAGAAUAAUAUAUAUUGAUUUAAUGUUCUUGUGUAUAGGAAUUGAAACUAUUAUUUCAAAUGAUUUGUUUUUUCCUUGUUUUUUUUCAGAAUAUUUUUACUUCUUAUAUAAGAAAAACGAAAAUGAACAACCUGAAGAUAUAAAUAAUAAAUUAAUUAAUGAUAUAAAUUUAGUUAAUAAUACAGAAUCAGAAGCAAAUAAAACUAAUGAAAGUUUAAAAUAUUCUAAAGAAUCUGUAGAAUUUAAAAGAGAAAAAAAAAAUUUUACAAAUUUUAUAAGCCAUUUAGAUCUUUUUAAAAACUAUUAUAAUUUAUAUAUGAGUUUGGAUUUCAAAAGGAAUAGAAAUUUUGAAAUUUGUGAAAUAAAGUUUAUAAAUUUAAAAAAAAAAAAAUAUAUUGAUAACGAUGAAAAAAAAAAAAAAAGUAUGUAUAUUAUAGAUUUCAUUUUAUGUGUAAAAGAACAAAUUCCUUAUGUGUCAAGAAUAUAUAUAAAAGAAAAAUAUAAUGAAAAUGAUCCAAAUAAAGAAUAUAUGAAUGAUUAUUUUGUUGAUAUAAAUCAUAUUUUUCCUUUAAUUUCUAUUGAACAAAUGAAUUCUGCAUUUCAAGAGAAUGUAAAAGAGAAAUAUUUUAAUACAAAAAAAGAUAUAUUUUAUUCAAAGAAUAAAAAUAAAAUUAGAAGAAAGAAUCCUAGAGAAUUUUCAAAAAAUUCAUCUUUUAAUAAAAGUGGUAUUAAUCAAAAACAAUGUGAACAUAUUAAUAGUACUCAUUUAAAUAAUUCAAACAAUGCAUUAAUCAAUGAAAAUAUGAACAUUUUAGAUGAUGAAGAUAGUUAUAUAAAUAAAAAUGAUUAUUUGGACAUUGGAGAAGAUAAAGGUGAUAAUCAUACAGAUAUAAAAGAAACAGAAAAAUUAAUACAAAAAAAAGCAAUUGAAAACAUUAAAGAAGAGAAUUAUGAAAAAGAUAAUGAACUAUAUGAUAAAAAAAUUAGUAAUAAAAUGAAUAAACUUCUUGAAGAAAAAAAAGAAAAUUAUGAAGAAAAAUAUGAAGAAACAUAUAAAGAAAAAAAAAAUUACAAAUAUGAUAAAACUAGUGUUCAGUUAAGUAAUGAAUGUAAUAUUGAAGAAAAUAAUGAACAAGUUGAUCAAAAUAUUGAAAAAAAUGAAGGAUUUUUUCUUUUGAAUAAAUAUUAUAAAAAUUAUGAAAGUAACCGAAAAUAUACGAAAAAGUUACUAAAUACGUAUUUUCCUGUAUGUCUUUAUAAAAAAAAGUUUAAAAAAAGAGUUAAAGAGCUACCAGCUACUUUAAAUAUUUAUGACAAUUUAGAUGAUCUUUUGAAAAAAACUUUUAUAAAAAAAAAAAAUUUUGAAGAAAAAAAUAUAGUUUUUAAACAAGAAAAUGGUUACUACGUAUUCGACUAUUCAGAAAAAGAAAAAAGUAAUUACUUUACAUUUCCAGGAGAUUUAUUAAAAAAUAUAACUACUUUUAAAAAAUUUAAUAAAUAUAUGAAUGUGGAUAAAAAUAAAUACUAUAUGUUUAUAGGAACUCAUUCUUAUAUAUUUGCAUUUGAAUUGUAUUAUAUAAAAAACAAUGUUCCUCUUAGGGAGAGUGAAAAUAAAAAAUUAAAUUUUUUAAGAAAUAAUUGCAUAUAUAAGCAAAUUGAAGAUAUAACAAACGAAAUAUAUAAUACACAUAAUAUUUUUUUUAAUACAAUAAAGAAAAAUAUGUAUAACAAAAAUAUAAAAUUAAAAUUUCUAUUUAAAGUAUAUUUGGGGAUAGCUACACCCUUAGAAAUUAUUAUAAGAGAAAAAGGAAAUAUAUUAUGUGUUAGAACAUUAGAGAAAGUUUUUCUUUUUAGAAUUAAUUAUAAAUACAACUUUUGUUAUAAUUUAUGUAUAACAAAUGAAGAAUCUUUUUCUUUAGUUGAAAACAAAUCAAAUGAAAUGUGUAAAAAUAAUGCUACUAUGAAAAUAAAUGAAAAUGAUUCAAAACAUAUGGAUAACAAAGAAUUAAAUAUAUUAUCCAAUAAGAAUAAACAAAGGAAAAUUUAUACAUACAGUUAUAUUGAGCACAUUUUUUUAUAUUACACUAUUCAUAAUCCGAUUCAGAAAGAAAUAAAUGAAAUAUGCUAUUUUAGUGAAGAUAUUUAUCAAUCUUAUUUAUUAGUUAUAACCUUAAGGUCAGGAAUAUAUACCUUAUAUAUUUAUAAUUUAAAGCAUAUGGAUAUACAAAACGCAGUUAAAAUAAAUAUAUCUGCAUAUAAAGGUUUUAAACAAGUAAAAUGGAUAAAAUGCUAUGAUAUGUUAAUAACUUUAUCUAAUAUAGGAGGAUUUUUAUUAAUACUGAAAAAUAAGUAUUUAAAUAAUUGGAGUUUUUUUAUAUCUGACUUUGAAUUAAUAGAUUCUAAUAUUGAAGUAAUUGAAGAAGAUAAUGAAUUUGAUAGAAUAGAAAAUAUUCAACCAAAACAUAAGAACAUAGAUGAUAAUAUAUGGAAAUAUUUUAUCAUUUAUUUAAAUUUAUUUAUAAAAAAUAAGAUAUGUAUCAAAAAUUUAAUACACCCUUCUUCCUUGUUUCCCAUAUUAUAUACGGGAUACUAUAAAAAUAGCCCUAGGUAUUUCUUUUAUGAAUAUUUUUAUGAUUUUAAAAAUGAAAAUACAUUGAGAUAUAAUUUUGAAAAUUUUCAAAAAAGAAUAAAAAAAAAGAAAAAAGAAAAAAUUGAUAGGAAAUUUUCUGAAAUAAAAGAAAAUUUAGAUAAUUAUUUAAACAAGAAACUAGAAAGAAAAAAAGAUGAUUUUAAUAAAUUACAAAUUAAAGAUAAUUCUAAUUGCAUACAUUUAUUAACCAAUUCUCCUAAAUAUUACCUAUAUUACAAAAAUAUAAUAAAUUUUUCUAUUUAG